AUGAAAAUAUUGUCUAAAGGUUGUUAGAUUGUAGCUGUUCAGAAUGAAAAGGUUCAUUCUAUUAAGAGUGAGCACUAUCUAGAAAACGAAGAUGUUGAAUUGUAUAUAUUUUAGGAUGAAAAUGUAAAAUCUAUAGAAUACAUUAAUUACAAAGACAUACUCAAGAAAGGUAAACCUAAUUACAUUAUAGGAAUUAAGAAAAUUAGUGGAUCAGGAGGAUUAGAGAUAGUUAUAACACAAUGUGUCAAUCCCAAUCAAAUAAUUAUGGAAUAAAAUGACUAAGAAUUCAAUUGUCAGGCUGUUAGAAAAUGGUUAAACUUUAAAUCAUAGAAUUAGUUACAUUAAUUCAAUUAACUCUACAGAACUCUUAAAGAUGUAUUUUAUUCAUAUAAUUAAUUAGCUUUAAAAUGCCUAAACAUCUCUUACUUAAAUCAAAUAGAAUGAUACAAUAGAUGCCUUCUAAAGUUGUGUAGAUCUCUCAGUUAUUACUAAUAGAAACGAUAGUCUCAAGGAAUUGGAGUAAUAAUAUGUCAAAGGUUAAAUGAAAUGGGCAUAAAUUGAUAUGGAAAAUGCUGAAUUGGCAACCAGAAUUCGAUUAUUGCAAGUUGAAUUACAAUAAAGAAAACAGGAAAUCAAUAAACUUAAAUUUUAAUAUGAAAAUAAUGCAUAUUAAUUAUUGUAAUCUAAACAAUAAUUAGGAGAUGUAAUCAAUUAGGCUAUAGAAAUUGGAGAUUCCUCAAUUUUGGCAAAACUUGGAUUAUGA